AUGGUGACCGUUCGAAGCAUCCUUGGGCUUGCGGCCCUCGUCCCAAUUGCGGUUGCCGCUCCUUUGGAGGAGAGGGCAAAGAGCAAGAGCUUUCUCAAGCAGAUCGAUGGCUCGACUUGGGUCAUCGGCAAUGAGCUCUGGAAUGUUACUCAGGGGCAGCAAUAUGCCACGAAAUUGAUGUACAAGGGCAAAGACCUCGUCGGUGAUGCAGUAGGCCAUUACGUGAGCUACAACGGCGCUGCCUCCGAUCUCAACUGGACGUCUGCAGCCAUCGUAGACUCUGGCUCCAACUACAUCAACGUCAAGUUCACUGCUGUCGGAGGAGACUUUCACUGGGUCAUCUACGACGACCUUGUGGGCGCAUACCAGUACUUCGUCAACCGCGCCCUCCCCGUGCUUGGAGAGUUCCGUACGCUCUGGCGCCUCGACAACCAGUCCUUCCCCAAUGGACGCACCAACAUCAAGGACGGCGUCCUUCCACCUCUAUCGGAGUAUGCCUCCGCAACAAACGUCCAGGAUGAAACCUGGCAAAAGGCAGACGGCACGUUCCUGACCAAGUACGAUUGGAGCGCCUUCAUCAAAGACGUAGACUUUCACGGCGUGUACGGCGAGGAGUUUGGUAGUUGGUACAUCAAUCCGGGCAAGGAUUACAUCAAUGGCAAUCACCUCAAGCAGGAACUCAUGAUCCACCGCGAGAGCAAAACGGGCGACGCCGUCCAGUUAAACAUGAUCCACGGCACCCACUACCAAGCGGUAUCGCGAGACGCCUUCGCGGACGGGAAGACCUGGGGCCCCUGGCUCUGGUACCUCAACUCGGGGUCCCAAUCCGACGCAGCCUCGCGCGCGAAGCAAGAAGAUCGAGCCUGGCCAUACAAAUGGUUCAAGGACGCCGCAUACCAGUCCCGCGGCAAGAUACAGGGCAAGCUCGUCCUCAGCGACGGACGGCCAGCCGCCGGCGCAGCCGUGUUCCUCGGCGACAACAACCCCAGCGUGAGCUCCCUCGACCAGGGCCGCGAUUACUACUACAUCACGUACGCAGACGAGAACGGCAAGUUCUCGAUCCGGGACGUUCGCACGGGCACGUACGGCCUGGAGGCGUGGUCGAAUGGAGGCAAGAUCGCAGACGUGUCGACUCUGCACCGCGAGUCUGAGAUCCAGAUCCGCAAGGGGUCGAACACGAACUUGAAGACCCUCACGUGGAAAGUCGCGGACGUCAAGAAGCGCAUCUUCCAGGUGGGCGAGUUCGAUCGCAAGACGACCGGCUUCGCGCUCAGUGGCCCCCAUCCGUACGAACACGGCCGCAUCGCGAAUUGCCCCACAGACAUCACGUACCGCGUUGGGGAAUCUGAUACCUCCGACUGGUGCUUCGGACAGUCCGAAGUAGGAUCGCACUCCAUCGUCUUUCCUCUGGAUUCUCUCCCUGCGGGUAACUCAUCCGCUGCCAAACUCACCGUCUCCCUAGCUGGCUUCUCGCAAGGCAGCAAGGCAGAUGUGCUUCUCAACAACGUCAAGAUUGGAAACAUAACCGACAUGCCCAACAGCCAGGACACGUACCGCGGUGCGACGCAGGCGGGCGAGUGGCGGCUGUUGGAAUUCGCGGUUGGAGCCGGAGCGUUGAAGGCGAAGGAGGAGAACAAGAUUGAGUUCAAAGUGUACAGUAGUGCGCAGUGGAGGGGUUGGCUGUGGGAUUCCAUCAUCCUGGAGUGGGUUUGA